AUGGACUCGAUAUCGACCGUAGCCCUCGCGAUUCGAGACACAACAUAUCUGCUAGACUUCAUCCAGCGCGACAUGUCCGCCGGCGAGACGGGUCCCAGCCAUGUUGUCAUCACCAAUUACGUUCUCUCCCGGCUGAGGCGGUUCACGGACGAACACUCAGACAAAUUCAUGGGCCUGGCAAUGCCACAGCGCGUGGCUACGCUCUAUCCGGAGCUUUGUUCGCGUCUGUGGACAGAACUCGAUGUCAUUCCGUUGGUACUUCCUGAAGAGCGGCACCUUCAAGAGCGGCAAUCGCAGCGGGAUCUACCUACUGGUGUCGACGUCGACUCUAGGGAAAUUGGUGAGCAGGCGGAAUCAAUGGGUCGUAAAUGUGUCAGACUCUUUGGCCCAGACAACGUGCCACUACUGCAGGUCGGUUUCCAGGGCUCGGUGGAGGUCGACACUGCUUUCACAGUGCGUUUAGCAAGCCUGGAGGACUUUAAAAACACCGUCUCUCCGAAGACAUGGACUGCUGUUCAGCAAUACGCAGCUGAUCUGAAAAAAAGAAAAGUCAGAACCGCCUUCUUCAACGCAACUCCUCAAGGCGGAGGCGUGGCACUCAUGAGACACGCCCUCAUGAGACUGUUCCAUGCCCUAGGCACAGAAUUUUCCUGGUACGUCCCCAAACCACGCCCCGGCGUCUUCCGCAUCACCAAAACAAACCACAACAUCCUCCAAGGCGUUUCCAAGCCCAACGAACGCCUCAGCGCAAAAGAUCACGACCAAGUCACCGACUGGAUCCUCGAAAACGCAAAACGCUACUGGCUCUCCCGCGAAGGACCCCUGCAACCACCCUCCGAAGGAGGCGCCCAUAUCAUCAUCGUUGACGAUCCGCAAAUGGCACCGUUGAUCCCGAUCGCUAAGCAACUGGCUCCUGAUCGGCCGGUUAUUUUCCGCAGUCAUAUUCAUAUUCGCAGUGACUUGAUCGCGACGCCAGGUUCACCGCAGGCGGAGGUUUGGGAGAAACUUUGGGAGAGUAUCAAGCUCGCGGAUAUAUUCAUCAGUCAUCCUGUUAGUUCGUUUGUGCCGAGGAAUAUCCCGAAGCAGAUUAUUGGAUAUAUGCCUGCUUCGACGGAUUGGCUUGACGGCCUGAACAAAAACAUGAGCGACUGGGACGCCGCAUUCUACGGCCGCGCCUUCAAUUCCUGGUGUCGCAACUCUGGCAUGCCCGCUAUCAACCAUCCAGAGGACAAAUACAUUGUCCAAAUCGCCCGCUUCGACCCAAGCAAGGGCAUCCUCGACGCAGUAGAAUCCUACAAGAAAUUCCACGACCACCUCACAAAAACACACCCCCAAACACCGCCCCCGAAGCUCCUCCUUGCAGGACACGGAUCCGUCGAUGACCCGGACGGUAGUCUAAUCUACGAUCAGGUAGUGUCUCACAUCGAAGAGGAUAUCCCGCACCUGCGCGAUCAGAUUUGCGUUAUGAGACUUAGGCCUAGUGACCAAGUUCUCAACGCUCUGUUAUCAAAGUCGAAAAUCGUACUACAACUGUCCAGAAGAGAAGGCUUCGAGAUUAAGGUUUCUGAGGCGGCACAUAAAGGCAAACCCGUCAUCGUGACCCGUGCGGGCGGAUUACCGUUGCAAGUCAAAAACAAUGAAAGCGGCUUCCUCGUCGACGUCGGAGACACAGACGCCGUUGCGCAGCGGCUCUACGAACUCUGGACAGAUGAGGAGUUGUAUAAGCGGAUGAGCGAGUAUGCGAUUGCGCACGUGUCGGAUGAAGUGAGUACGGUGGGGAAUGCAGUGAGUUGGUUGUAUUUGGCCUGUGAAUUGUCGAAAGGGGGUAGAGUUGAGCCGAAUGGGGCGUGGAUUAAUGAUUUAGCGAGGAGGGGGGCUGGGCAGGAGUAUGAGACUGGGGAGUCGAGGUUGUUGAGGGUUGUGGAGGUUGAGAAGAUGGGUUAG